AGACAUCUCUGUCGCUCGGCCUUAAUGAUGCAAAGAGCGAACGAUCCAAGCGGCGGCGCGCUCUUUCAACGUCCGUUCUUGAAAUACUUUGGCAAUAUGUUUGGCUAUAAAAAUCAUAUAAAAGGAAAUUACGCAAUGGUAGAUGUUGUCAAGAAAGGUUUGGAGCGUCAAAAAGCUACUCUCAGCGAGAACGUCAAUCGGGGAUUCGUCGAUAAUUAUCUGAAAAAGUUAAAUGAAGAUGACAAGUCGCAUUAUUUUACGGAAGAGCAACUGAUCAUUUUGCUAGUCGAUAUGAUGUUCCCCGCUUUCUCCGCGUUACCAAGCGCCGUUACCCACGCUAUUAAGUACUUGAUGCAUAAUCCCAAAGUUAUGAAGAAAGUCCAGAAUGAGAUAGACAAUGUCGUUGGGACCGGACGAUUGGUCACGUGGGAGGACAGAAUAAAGUGAGUUGUAAUGGUAGGACCGUUACUACGGCCAUCUUGCUUGCCGCACGCAUACGUUCUUCCUCUCGACACGCGCUAUCUCGCUCAGCAUGCGC